UAAUGACCAAUAUGUGGCAGCUAAAAGUUAAAGUCUAAACCCUCAACUAUCAACAACCCCCAAUAAUGGACUCAAUCAACUCCCUUUUUAACCACCAACAACAAACAGUCACCUUCUUCACUACAAACUCAACAACAAUAAUGGCAAAUUCUUCAUCCCUAAUCCUAACCCUAACGGUUGCGCUGCUGGUACUCACGGCGGCGAUACCCGCGGCACAGGCGCAGGCGCAGACGUGUGCGUCGAAGCUAGUCCCCUGCGCAGCGUACCUUAACGCCACCACAACGCCGCCGAACACGUGUUGUGAUCCGAUCAAAGAGGCGGUGGCUAAUGAUCUGCAGUGUUUGUGUAAUUUGUAUUCGAAUCCUGCGUUUUUGUCUGGAUUAGGUAUUAAUAUUCAGCAGGCGCUUCGUCUUCCUCGGUUGUGUGGCGUUAGUUCGGACACUAGUGUUUGUAAAUCUGCUCAAGCUCCAAAUGUAUCCACCCCUAAACCUCCUCCAGCUAGUACACAGGGGCAAAGUAGUGCGAGUAAGAUCUCUUCAAGUGCGGUUAUUGGUUUGUUAUUUGUUUUAGCUUGUAUUCUGUUGUUCUAAACAGGUUCAUUCAUUUAAGCAUAUCUUAUAAUACGAUUCGUUGUUUGGUGGGGGAUUGUAUUAACCACUUAGUUAUUGAUCUUUUGAAUUAAAUUUUUAAAUAAACGUGUUGCUUAA